UUUCUUUUUGUGUUCAAAAUGGAGGCUUUGUAUGGAAUACCCUUUCACAUUUUGGAAGUACCUAACUUAAAACUAAAGAAGCCAGGAUGGGUGAAACCUCCCUCAGCUAUGGUCGUCUUCGCCUUUGUUCUCCUGUCGUAUUUUUUGGUCACUGGAGGUAUCAUCUAUGAUGUGAUUGUGGAACCACCAAGUGUAGGAAGCACAACAGAUGAGUUUGGUCACAGUAAACCAGUUGCCUUCAUGCCAUACCGUGUAAAUGGUCAGUACAUCAUGGAGGGUCUGGCAUCAAGUUUUCUAUUCUCCAUGGGUGGUCUGGGCUUCAUUAUCUUGGAUAAAUCCAAUGCUGUUGGCAUGUCUAAACUGAACAGAUUCCUCUUGCUAUUCCUGGGUUUUGUGUGCGUCCUAGUCUCUUUCUUCACAUGCAGGGUGUUCAUGAGGAUGAAACUGCCGUAAGUAUUGCAUCGUUGUAGUUUUGAC